AUGAGAACAACCUAAUUAACAUAAUGCAUACAAAAAGAAGAAGAUGAAGAUGAAUUGUUUUAAUAUGAAUUUGAUAACCAAUCUGAACCUUAAUAAAAUUUAUAGACUCCUGAUUUCUAGGCUACUAAGCAAAAUGAGGUUCAUUCGUAAAUCUCACACUAAGCUUAAAUUGAGCAAACUGAUUAAUAUGGAUUCAAAUCAUAAAUAAAUUUAAAACAUUAUAAAGACAGAAAAACACUUAAUGCAAGAGUUGAAAAGUGGAGAUAAAUGAUAAAUGAGUUUGAUAAGCAAAAUAUUUAAUUAAUCAAAGAAAGAACUCGAAAGGGGAUACCUGAUGGCUUAAGAAUUCUAGCUUGGCCACUUCUAGCCAAUAUCAAAAAGGCUAAGGAAACAGCAAAUACCAUUUAAAAAACAUCGAAAUACUCUGAUUUUUUAACAAAAAAUGAAUUUAAAUUCGAGCAUCAGAUUAGAUUAGACGUUCAUCGCACAUUCCCAGACAAUAUUAACUUUUAAGUAUCUAUUCUUUAAAUUCAGGAUUAAACAGUCCUUUCUGAAUCUCUAGUCAAUGUGCUCAAAGCUUUAUCUGAAGCUAUUCCAGACAUGGGAUAUUGUUAAGGAUUAAAUUUUCUAACUGCAGCUCUUAUUAUGGUUACAAAUGAUGAAAAUGUAAGAAUCCUUAAUAAUUUUGAGGCCUUCUGGAUUCUCUAUCGCUUGAUGACUCACUACAAUCUAACAGCUAAAUACAAAGAUCCCAAUUCUCUUUAUAGAGAAUUUUACAUUCUUGAUAAUUUGAUAUAAUAAUAUCAUCCAAUUACUUCAAAAAUACUAAAACGUCAUAAUAUUGAUUUGUUCUAUUUUACAACUGAAUGGUUCAUUACAUUAUUCUCAACUGCCCUACCAAUUAAUUUAUUUUAUAGAGUUUUCGAGAUUUUCUUGGUGGAAGGCGAAAAGACUAUUUUUAGAUGUGCCUUAGCAAUCAUUCAUUAUAAAGAAUAAAAGUUAAUUCAAUUAAAUGAUUUUGAAAAUGGUUUAUAAUAUCUUAGAUCAAAUGAGGAUUUACUUCAUUUGGAUUCUAAUUAAUUUAUUAAUCUAAUGCUUAGCAAAUACAAAUUUUCCAAAACUACUAUUCAACAAUUAGAUUAGAAGUAUAAAAAGAAUUAAAAGUGA